UCGUCUUAGAGAUAUUCAAAGCAUGGUAUGAACCGACAAACAGGAUGUAUUCAUCUUAGGGGAUCUGUACUGGUUUAUCGCUUUGGUCUUUAGGCCCCAUCCCAUGCAACUUAAAUGGAUAUAACAUAGGUACAUGAUCUCGAUUUUGUGAAGUACCUUACGAUACGUAUCUGUUUGCCUUUCUGCGAAAUUCUAGGUACACCAAAAGUAAUGUAUGUCCCACAUCCGCAGGCGCUAAACAGGCUGCGAAUUUCUCUGAUCUUACUUAACAAUGAACAUUGCAGUACAUCAUCUGAGAACGCGUCUAUUGCUUAUCUAAUUCUCAGUACCGUAGUUGAGAUGAAAUGCCAAGAUAUGGAAAGCGACGGCUGUAGACGCUUCGCUUUGCACCGGCUUAAAGUGACGUCGCAAACAUUGAAAGUCCGGGGAAACCCACCCAGCAGCAUCCCCCCAGACCAUCUGCAUUUACAGUCCUCCUGUUUGAGAUUUGACCAAACUUGUCAAUUAUCUAUAAAACGGGCUUGGGUAUUUUGUUUUCUUGUAUUUUAAAGAUUGAACAUGAAGCGGAGGAUACUUCCAAAGUCAUCUUUGCGAGGAGUAUUCCAGACUCGACCCCGCGCUGCUCCCUGUAACUACCUGGGCUCUACUGUUAGUGUUCGACUGGCGAGCAGCGUGUCCCAACGACCAGGCUCGGAUUAUGUUUCCUUCCCCGGCGCCGUCAAGAGCGCAUUUACGAGCGACCUCAGAUUUACACAGCCCUCAGACCACCCGGCCCUACCUACGUAUCGCGUAGUUGAUCAAGAUGGCAACAUUGUCGACCAUUCCUUCAAGCAGGACCUCGGCGACGACGAGAUCGUGCAGCUAUAUAAAACGAUGUUGAUGAUCUCUAUAAUGGACGUCAUCAUGUUUGAUGCGCAGCGCCAAGGUCGCCUAAGCUUCUAUAUGGUAUCAGCUGGCGAGGAGGCAAUCAGCGUGGGAUCCGCCUCGAUUCUUGACAAGCAAGAUGUCGUGUUCUGUCAAUAUCGCGAACAGGGUGUUUUUGCGCAGCGUGGAUUCACAUUAAACGACUUCAUGAACCAACUGUUCGCGAAUAAAUUAGAUAAUGGCCGUGGGAGGAAUAUGCCUGUCCAUUAUGGUAGUAAAGAGCUCAAUAUCCACACGGUCUCAUCGCCUCUGGCGACGCAGAUACCACAGGCUGCUGGAGCAGCUUACGGACUGAAAAUGCAGCGUAUCAACGACCCAUCACUACCGCCUCGCAUAGUUGCUGUAUACUUUGGGGAGGGCGCUGCGAGCGAAGGCGACUUUCACGCGGCGCUGAAUAUUGCGGCCACUAGGUCAUGCCCAGUUGUAUUUAUCUGCAGAAACAAUGGAUAUGCCAUCUCCACACCAACUUUAGACCAGUACCGAGGCGAUGGCAUCGCUAGCCGAGGCAUAGGAUACGGUAUUGAUACUAUUCGAGUGGAUGGGAACGACAUCUGGGCUGUAAGAGAGGCCACGAGGAAGGCCAGACAAAUGGCGCUGCAAGACGGAGGGAAGCCCAUCCUCAUAGAGGCCAUGAGCUACCGCGUCAGUCACCACAGCACGUCUGACGACUCUUUUGCAUAUCGUGCGCGAGUCGAGGUGGACGAUUGGAAGCGCCGAGACAACCCCAUCUCUCGGCUGCGGAAAUAUAUGGAAGCAAAGAGAAUCUGGGACGAAGCAAAAGAUAAGGAAGCCCGAGACAAUAUAAGGCGGGAUGUGCUGAAGGCUUUCUCACAAGCGGAGCGCGAGAAGAAGCCACCAAUCCGUGCCAUGUUUGAGGACGUUUACGAAGAGCUCACUCCAGAAUUGCGGGCACAGAUGAAGGAACUACGAGACUAUCUAGAGAGAUACCCAGACGAGUACGAUCUAGGCGAGUAUGAAGGUGGAAAGAAUAGCUUAGACCCUUGAGAGGAUAAAAGAAGCUGUGAUAUCCUUUGGAUCGCACAGAGUUGCUCGCUGGUAACGAGGUACCCUCGUAUGAGUGGAUAUGGCAGUCCCCCAACAACAAUUGCAUGCAUAUUCUUGUUGGCGCAGGUCUCGGCGUGCAUGAUGCAAGCGGAGUAGUCACCGCCUUGACACCACUUAAUUCUCUUGAGGGUCUGUAAGUCGGGGCGAUCCAUGUGCCACGUAAAUGGGCCGGUAGAUGCCAU